AUGCCAUUCAAUGGGACUCAUAUGGAUAUUGAAGAAAAGCAUUUGUUACAAUACUUUCAUUGUGUUGCCUCCCGCUCCCUAACAACGUUUGCGGAUGACCCGGUCGAUAUUGGGAACCUACUUAUGCGGUUGGCCUUGGUCAAUGAUCCCCAACCAGCCACAGCUGUGCUACGGUCUAUACCCGCCCUGUCAUCUGUGCAUCGCGAUGGGCUUCAAUCCCAAGCUGCGGAUCUCAAAAUUUCCGCUCUUAGAGCGCUCAUAACCGCUCCCAAGUGUGACAUCGGUUCCAUCGAAGCAGCUCAACAUGUUGCCAGUGUGAUGCUAUUAUGUUCCUUUGAGGUUAGCAUUUUGAUUACGCCCCAAAGCCCAAGAAGUCAUGAGACUAAUGCUUAUAUGGUCUCGUCGCCUUAG